CUCUGUCUCUCUCUCCCUCCCUCUCUCUCUCUCUAUCCUGUCAAUACUAAUAAUGCUUCCUUUUUGCAAAACAAAUAAAAACAAGAAGUAUGGGUUGUCAUACAUAUUCAAUCAUAAGCAACCUUUUAUGCUUUAUACUUGUUGCACAUAUGUGCACCUUAAUAUAAAACUAAAACAUAUGUGUGUGAGAUUUUGAACAGGGUGUGAACAAAGAUGGGCAAAAAAUUGCUGUGAAGGUGCUUCGCGAUUUAGAAAAUGCUGAUGAGAUAUUUGAGAAAGAAUAUCACAACCUACAAAGUCUGCAACACCAGAAUAUUGUGCGGUUGGUUGGCUAUUGCAAUUAAACUCGACUAGUAGAAGUGUUGUACAAUGGAAAUAUGGUUCCUGCUUAUUCAAUUCACAGGGCACUUUGCCUUGAGUAUAUGGAAAAUGGAAGCCUUGAAAAGUGUAUUUCUGUUGUAUCUAGUGGACAUGAUUGGCCCACACGUUAUGCAAUAAUUAACGGGAUUUGCAAGGGUUUGCACUACCUUCACGAGGAACUGAAACCUCCUGUUUUUCAUAUGGAUUUAAAGCCAGCGAAUGUACUGCUAGAUGAUGACAUGAUGCCUAGAAUUUCUGAUUUCGGAAUCUCGAGACUAGUGGGAGAAAAACGAACAUGGGAAACUAAAUAUUGGAAAGGAACAUUGGGGUACUUACCACGAGAAUAUAUAGACCAUUGUCUAAUUUCGAAUAAGGUGGACAUAUUCAGCUUGGGUGUUAUGAUUCUACAGAUAAUGGCAGGACCUAAGGGCUACUCGCAAAGUUGUGACAUAUCCCCAAGCGAAAAAUUCAUUGAGCUUCUAGUUGGAAAAUGGAGGAAUAGGCUACAGGCAACACCAAUGGGUGCGUUGGAGUCCAUCUGCCAGCAAGUCAGGACAUGCAUUAUGCUAGCUUUACAAUGUGUGGACCCUGAUCGGCACAAGAGGCCGGUGAUAGGGUCCAUUUGUUUUUCGCUAGCAUAUACAGGGGCGAUAUGGACCCCUAGUUAUUAUACUAUCGGUGAAGUGGUGGACGACAACAAGUUGGAUAAAAUGGUAAGGUACACGGGCAAACCUAAGACGCAGGUAGACCGAGCACGAGAGGCCUUGAACCUAGUGCACGAGGAAAAUAAGGAGAUCUUGGCUUUUAGGACAUUGGCCCAUAUUGUACCAUUUUCCAAAACGGGUACGCACUGCCUCAUCUAUAACGCGACCGGUGAUAACCUCCACUAUGUCGACAAC